CCGCAGGCCGGCCAGGUUGGAGGCGGUUCCAGGCGCGGACUCGAGGCGGGCCGGGCGGCGGCGGCUGCCGUGGCGGUAGGGGAACGGCCGAGCCCCUGCGACCUGGGGCCCAGCUCCGCCGUCCAGGCGCCCAGCUCGCGCAGUGAGAUGGCCCGGGGCGGCAUGGAGCGGUGGCGCGACCGGCUCGCACUCGUGACGGGCGCCUCGGGGGGCAUCGGCGCGGCCGUGGCCCGGGCCCUGGUCCAGCAGGGGCUGAAGGUGGUGGGUUGUGCUCGCACCGUAGGCAACAUAGAGGAGCUGGCUGCCGAAUGUAAGAGUGCAGGCUACCCCGGGACUUUGAUCCCCUACAGAUGUGACCUGUCAAAUGAAGAGGACAUCCUCUCUAUGUUCUCGGCUAUCCGCUCUCAGCACAGCGGUGUGGACAUCUGCAUCAACAAUGCUGGCUUGGCCCGGCCUGACACCCUGCUCUCAGGCAGCACCAGCGGUUGGAAGGACAUGUUCAAUGUGAAUGUGUUGGCCCUCAGCAUCUGCACGCGGGAAGCCUACCAGUCCAUGAAGGAGCGGAAUGUGGAUGAUGGGCACAUCAUUAACAUCAACAGCAUGUCUGGCCACCGAGUGGUACCCCAGUCUGUGGCCCAUUUCUAUAGUGCUACCAAGUAUGCCGUCACUGCACUGACAGAGGGACUGAGGCAAGAGCUUCGGGAGGCCCAGACCCACAUCCGAGCCACGUGCAUCUCUCCAGGAUUGGUGGAGACACAAUUCGCCUUCAAACUUCAUGACAAGGACCCUGAGAAGGCAGCUGCCACCUAUGAACACAUAAAGUGUCUGAAACCUGAAGAUGUGGCCCAGGCUAUCAUCUAUGUCCUCAGCACCCCCCCACAUGUCCAGAUCGGAGACAUCCAGAUGAGGCCCACGGAGCAGGUGACCUAGCUUCCUGUGGGGAGCGCCUCCUCCUCUCUUCACGGAUCUUCACGGCUUGGUGCUGGCCUUUGGGUUGUAGGUGUUAAUUUCUGGACUCCUGUACUCCACUUCCUCUCUCCACCCCUCCCAGGGGUUUGAAAAUGUUUGAGGUCUUUUCUAUCUAGUCCAAUUGUUUCCACCACAAAUGUGAAAAGUGGGCUGGAGAGAGGAGGUGGUGUCCCUAAUUACUUUACCUGUUAACUCACUCUUGGUCCCCUUCUUGGGCUCCUUGACCUUUGUUUGUUGUCCUUGGUCUCUUCCCUUUGACUUGGGGAAGGACCUUGGCCAGAAGGGUGGCUUUCCCCUAUCUUCUUACACUCCACCCCCUGUUGCUCAGGGAUGAGGUGGCAGGGGGAACUCCUCAUCUUUUAUCUGAGUGGUUAUGGAGGGCUCCAGCUUCCUCCUCUCCCUGCCCCAAUGCCCCCUCCAUCCCUUUUCUCCUCCCCCUUCCCGCACCUAGUUCUUCAGUCCAGUGGGGGUCAUCACUCUACUCUGAUUGGCAGCACAAUACCAGGGCCUACCUCCCAAGUGGAUUACAGUGUAAUAAUUAAAAAAGAAAAAUUGCAACAACCGA